GAUAGUGAAGGCCAUAAUUGUAGGAUCAUGAAGCUUCUGUUGGUAGCAUCGCUCCUGGCUCAGUUGCUCAUUUGCAAGGCUGUUGUCAAAUCUACUCAAUUUAGUGGCAGAAUUAUUGAUUGUGAUGAUGCAGAAGCGCAUGAAGCAGCAGUAGUAGCUGUGAAUUAUAUUAAUGCAAAUCAUAAUCAUGGAUAUAAGUAUGUAUUGAACCGGAUAGAAAAGGUUAAAGUUCGUAGUCAGACACCUUCUGAAGAAAUUAUUUUUAUGGAACUUGAUCUUCUGGAGACCAAAUGCCCGGCAGUCAGCCCCACCCCUCUAAAAGACUGUGUUUUAAGACCACGCAGAGAACAGGUAGUUGAAGGUGACUGCGACAUCAAACUACAUAAAGAAGGAGGCAAUUUUACUGUACUUGGUGUAAGGUGCAAAUCUGAAAUAGAAUCUGGUGAAAAAUGUCCAACUUGUCCGCUUUUGGCACCGCUGAAUGACACACAGGUGGCUCAUGCUGUUGAUCUUUCUCUUGCUAAAUUCAACAGUGGAAAUAACUCAGUAUUCUAUCUACUCCAUGAAAUUGGCCGGGCACAAAUACAGGACACCCCCAAUUUUCCAAAUGUGUUCACCACAAUAAUCACUGAGUUUGUUAUUGCUGCAACUAAUUGUACACUUGAAGAUGCACAGGUGGAUCCAAGCAAAUGUGAGGUCCAAGCUGAUGAGAAUGCACACUAUGGAGGGUGUGACGCAACAGUUGUCAAAAUACAAGGGAAAGCAGGUGACGAGGUGACAGUUCAGUGCACAAUCUAUGGCCCUCAGGUACCUGCACAAGCUCCGCAAGCGGUGACACCGAGUGAUCCUUUGGGGGCCUCCCAAUCUAAAGUUGAUCACAGGCAUUUCCACCACCAUCUCCAACAUUCCGGUCUGCCUCACUUCUCAUCAGAAUCAAGCUCAGCUGAAGCGCAUCACCACUCAGUUCACGCAAACCAUCCAGUCAAGAGAGCAUUGACUGGUAAUCCUGUUCCUCCAAGUCCAAGAAUACCGCUCUGUCCAGGAAAAAAAAUAUUUUAUUAAAGAUUGAGUGUUUGAAACCUUGUGCUCCUGGACACUAUUAGCUUAUUUUUUCAUUAUGACCCCUACAGAUUCAGUGCUAGUAUUUGUGUUGAUACCAUGUUUUGUAACCUUCUUUCACCAAUGAGUUCGGUACAACCAUUGAUACCAAUUUAGUUCUCGAAUUUUUGAUAUUAGAUCUAGAAUUUCUGAGAUUUAAAAUGAUAAAACUGUAAUAUCAUCUAUAUGAAAUGGCUGUAUCUAAGCAUGUUGUUUUUUUUCCUGGAUAAAUGUGAAGUUAAAACAUAAACAUCCUAUACAUGUUUAUUGGCUGAUGGGUACUUUCUGCCAGUGCUCAUUAGCGCAUAGGUACUUCUUACUAUCUGGUAGGUAAAUUGCAAAUUUUUAUCUCUCAACCAAUAAGCAUUAAUAAGAAGUAUAAAAAUGAUACUGCUAUAUUAGUUUCCAUCUAAAUUUAAACGGCUUUAAUUUCACUAUUUUUUUGGGUGGGGGAUCAGUAUAGGUAUUCACCUUUUAGGUGGCAAAUUUAAAUCAUCCUGAACCAAUACGAAUAGGAUGAUUGACAGUCCCUCCUAGCGACCAAUUGGAUGCCAGUGAGCAGGGGGCAGUAUUGCACAAGCAUUUCACUAGAGAUGCUUGUGCAAUGAUAAAUUCCGACAGCGUAUGCUAUAGCGAAUCAUGUCCACUCAACAUUUAAUACAUUUAUGUUGAAAAUAAAAAAAUAUUCAAAUCCCUAGCUAUACAGUCUAAGAAAAAACAAAACUAAAACAAAUUAAAAAAGGCUGCAUUAAAUGCAAAUAGAAUUUGCAAAAAACAACAACUUUUGAGCACUCAAAACAAAUGCUGUAUUAGAAUCUCAUAUGAGAAAAACAACUGUGUCCAGAAAACAUGAACAAUAAAACAUGUAACCUUCAAUCCUAUACUCCAUAAAAAAUGAGAAAACAUCCUAAAGCUUUUAUUAAAUGAGGUGGUUAAAAUGUAGAUUCCUUAAGAAACUGACUAUACUAGAGGACAAAAUAAAUAUAGUGCAUUCUACAGGACAUAUCUAUCACAAGUAUAGCAAGGAACCUUUACUCUGAUACUGUAUCCAAAAUAACAUACAAUAGUAACUAUUGCAAGCAGGAUACAGGUGGCCUCCAUUUGUCAAUAGUUAUCCAUCUAAAAAGAUCCCUAAUUACUGCCUUCGCAGAGAUAUCUAGGGCCCCAUUAUUCAAAGCUUGCCAGCAUGGAGAGAAAUUCCACAAAAACGUUUUUCUAAUACAAGCGCACAUUAGCUUUCAUGAAAGUGAUAUUUAGCGCUGCAUUUUUAAUCUGGCACUUAGGGGCCUAUUUAUCAAGCUCUGUACGGAGCUUGAUGUCCCGUGUUUCUGGAGAGUCUUCAGGCUCGCCAGAAACACAAGUUAUGAAGCAGCGGUCUAAAGACCGCUACUCCAUAACCGGUCCGCCUGCUCUGAGGCGGUGGACAGACAUCGGCGGAAAUCAACCCGAUCCAAUACGAUUGGGUUGAUUGACACCCCCUGCUAGCGGCCAAUCUGCAGGGGGCAGUAUUGCACCAGCAGUUCACCUGGUGCAAUGAUAAAUGCUGAGAGCGUAUGCUGCCGGCAUUUAUUGAUGUGCAGCAGACAUGAUCCACAAUAUCGCAUCAUGUCCGCUCUGACGUUCUUAAAUAGGCCCCGUAGUGUUUAAUGCCCCUUUAAAUACCAGAUAAUAAAAAUGCAUUUUAGUUUCUACCAAAGUUCAAGCCAGGUUACAGCUGUGUUAGUGAAAUAAGUGAGAUAAGUGACCGUAUAUAUCGUGUUGUUGUUGUUCAUUGUGUAUUGCUUCCAAGUACAACUAUAAAUGAUAUGGCCGUAUAACUGAUGUGAUUCAUGAUAUCGACUUUCAUUUCCAGUUACAGUGUUAAAGGGAUAUUCUAGUGUAAAAAUUUAAUUCUGCAAUUCAGUAGAUCAUUUUAAAAAGUCCCUUCCUUUAGCAUUCAUUUAACUCCUUCAAAAGGAAUAAAAAUGUAUUCAAAGUUGGACUCCUGGAACAGCCCGAUUCUGCCUUUCAUGUGCUCAUCAGCUACAGUAUGUACUUACCCAGAGUGACUCAGUAGUACAACUUUGACAAUGUAUUUAACCUCUUUGCAAGCAUUUAACACAUAGCAAAAGAAAGGUUUUUUGUUUGUUUUAGAUUCAAUGCUCUAACAAUAUAGACCAUUUUAUUUUAUAUUAGAGUGUCACUUUACAUGUUAAUACAAUGGUGCUGUUCAUAUACUCAUACAUUCCUCAUGUUUGGUGUAUUUUUGUUGUAUGACUAAACAGACAAAGUAGUAAAACAAAAUGGUGCUCAUUUAUCGCUAAUAAAUAUUAAUGUUACUGUUAAA